UCUCUAUCUUUUCUCUAUUUUAUUUUUUCUUCACAUUAGACAAAUAAAUCAAACAUAUGUCGUGUGUUAUGAUUAAUUCCCACGUUUAAUGUCCUGAAGUUUCGUAUGCAUUUAAAUUCGAAUUAAGUUCCUCACAAGCCAAAGUAAUUCAUUAAAAUGGAUCUGCUUCCGAAAUCCCACCACGAAUUCAAUCAAACCGAAUAUUGGAAUACAUUUUUCAAGAAACGUGGAACCAAAGCAUUUGAAUGGUAUGGAGAAUAUCUUAAUCUUGUUGUCCAGAUCCAUAAGUAUGUCAAGUACCAGGACAAGAUUCUGAUGGUUGGGUGUGGUAAUUCAAAACUCAGCAUGGAUAUGUAUGAUUCGGGGUUCAAAGACAUCACCAACAUUGACAUCUCUCCGGUGGCAAUCAAGAAAAUGAUCGAAAUGAACGGCAAGGAGCGGAGUGACAUGAAAUUCAUUCAAAUGGAUGCCACGGCUAUGUCCUUCGAGGAUGAAUCAUUCUCUGUGGUCUUUGACAAGGGAACGCUGGACGCCCUUAUGACAGACAACUCUGAGCAAGUUCGCAAAACUGUAGGUGCCUAUUUCAGUGAGAUUCUGAGAACAUUAAGGAAUGGAGGUCGAUACAUUUGUAUAUCUCUGCUCCAAGAGCACAUUCUCCAAUUUCUGCUCGAGUUCUUUCCCAAGAAUUCCUGCAUGCUAAGAGUGGUUCGUUGUUUCGACACCGAGCAGUGUUCAGAGGAAGCUGAUACGGAUUCCCUAUCUAUGCCAGUUUUUGCUAUCAUUGCCACCAAAUUCAAGGCUUUGCCACAAGCUAUUCUUGAAGUUUGUAUGGGUGGAGAAAAGAUGGUCCGUGUUUCCUCACCGGAGGACGUUGUCUUAGCCGUGACUUCCUCACAAAAUGCAGCUAUGGUCUGUAAUGGACUGGCGAGGAGUAAUAUUAUUGGUCUCAAUGAAGUAUCAAUGGAUCUCUUUAAACCUGGCGAAACAACGCCUCGCUACACCAUCGUCAUCAUAGAUCAACCGCCAGUCAGGACAAAUGGGAAAUAUGCUGCAUUUAUAGUUCCACAGGGACGAGAAAUCGAAUGGCUAUUCUCCACACCACAGGGACGAAAAAAACUUCUCGAAAAUGCCAAAUUCAAUCGUCUAGCCAUUGUCACAAUGCAUCGGGAUCAGGAGUACGGUUCCUUAGACUCGGUUAAGUCGGAAUUAAGUGAAAGUGUUAAGACCUUAGCUCCUAAGGGACUCACAGAUCUGAUUCCGUAUCUUUCUUUAGGCAAAGAUGUUGGAAAACGUGAGACUCUGGUUUGUGGUUUCUCCACGAUAUCGGGAGAUUUUCGAAUCGAAGAAGUCGAAGGAGAUGAUGGUAAAAUAUUCCGAAGACUGAUAUUCUUGUCCAAUCGGAAUGUUGUACAAUCUGAAGCUUUGUUAAAAACAAUUAAACCAAAAAAUAAAAAACCUCGAACUAAAAUUGAUGUUGGCUAUUUAGCGUGUCAGCAUCAUUUGUAUAUGACAGUUGGUGUUCAAAUGGCAACCAUGGGUCCUAGUCAAGUAUCGAAAGAUGAUGAUAAUUUGAAGAAUGUACUUGUGGUGGGCUUGGGCGGUGGUGGCUUGUGUACAUUUAUUAGAGCUGCUUUGAAAAAUGUUCGUGUUACGGCAGUUGAAAUCGAUCCAAUUAUGUUGGAAGUUGCUGAGCAAUAUUUUGAAUUGAAACAAGAUAAUCGGCUUCAUGUUGUUAUUGAUGAUGGUCUGGCAUUUGUGAAUAGAUGCUGUGAAAAAGAAAUUACAUUCGAUGCGGUCCUCUUUGAUGUUGACAGCAAAGAUAUAUCACUCGGUAUGAGUUGUCCACCUCCAAGUUUCUUAGAACCACAAAUUCUCGAAAGCCUUAAGCAAGUAAUUGGUCCCAAAGGAAUGUUCAUUCUCAAUCUUGUGUGUCGGGAUGAACAACUCCGUGAAGAAGCCAUCAAUAACCUACAAAAAGUAUUCACCUCCUGUUGUUGUUAUAAAUUAGAAGAGGACGUAAACGAAGUCAUCUUUUGUACGAACGAUGAAAAAUACAAAAAUCUCACGGAUUGGAAAAAAAUUCUCGCUACCUCAAGUAGAAGUCUCAAUUCGAUAGCCAUAGAAUCACAAUUCUGUGACAAAGAUAUGGUCGAUGUUACGGACUUUAUAAAUGAUUUAAAAAUCUAAUUUAGCCAAAAACAAAAAAUAAAAACACACAUUUUAUUGAAGCCAGUUACCAUCAAGUACCUUUCGAGAGAACAUAAUGACCAGACCAUAAAUUCAAAGAAAAAACAAAAAC